GAAGUUAAAUCACCUUCGACUCUCCGAGUACUGCAACUAUCAUUGCAGCUGGGCGACCACCUCUUGUACUCUGUAACCAGGGAGUACCACUUCCGCUGACGUCAUCAACGCGACACGUGGAUCCAAGAUGGCGGCGGCGAUGGGAUUCUAAGAGGGAGGGCUGAAUCUUCACAUGGCUGGUCAAGUGGAGGAAAUCCUCUGAUGGAGAAGAAAUCAGACAUUAUUAGCAACUCACAGCCAAUAGACUCCGCUACUGUUCUAAAAGAAUCCAGAUCUGUUUGUUGAUUCAAGGUUUGGCUGCCGUGGUCUUUGCUACUGCUUUCUCUCAUGUGUCAAACAUGCGCCUUUUAUGUCCCAGGGGUUGCGCCAAUCAACUUCCACCAGAACGACCCUGUAGAAAUCAAGGCUGUGAAGCUCACCAGCUCUCGAACCCAGCUACCUUAUGAAUAUUACUCAUUGCCCUUCUGUCAGCCCAGCAAAAUAACCUACAAGGCAGAGAAUCUGGGAGAGGUGCUGAGAGGGGACCGGAUUGUCAACACCCCUUUCCAGGUUCUCAUGAACAGUGAGAAGAAGUGUGAAGUUCUGUGCAGCCAGUCCAGCAAGCCAGUGACCCUGACAGUGGAACAGAGCAGGCUUGUGGCCGAGCGCAUCACAGAAGACUACUAUGUUCACCUCAUUGCUGACAACCUGCCUGUGGCCACCCGGCUGGAGCUGUACUCUAGCCGUGACAGUGAUGACAAGAAGAAAGAAAAAGAUGUGCAGUUUGAACAUGGCUACCGGCUCGGCUUCAUGGAUGUCAACAAGAUCUACCUGCACAAUCACCUCUCAUUCAUCCUUUAUUACCACCGGGAAGACAUGGAAGAGAACCAGGAACAUACCUACCGUGUCGUCCGCUUCGAGGUGAUUCCCCAGAGCAUCAGGCUGGAGGACCUCAAAGCAGAUGAGAAGAGUUCAUGUACUCUGCCUGAGGGUACCAACUCCUCACCCCAGGAAAUUGACCCCACCAAGGAGAAUCAGCUGUACUUCACCUACUCUGUUCACUGGGAGGAAAGUGACAUCAAAUGGGCCUCUCGCUGGGACACUUACCUGACCAUGAGUGACGUGCAGAUCCACUGGUUUUCUAUCAUCAACUCCGUCGUGGUGGUCUUCUUUCUAUCAGGUAUCCUGAGCAUGAUUAUUAUUCGGACCCUCCGGAAGGACAUUGCCAACUAUAACAAAGAAGAUGACAUUGAAGACACUAUGGAGGAAUCUGGGUGGAAGCUGGUACAUGGUGACGUCUUCAGGCCACCGCAGUACCCCAUGAUCCUCAGCUCCCUGCUGGGGUCAGGCAUUCAGCUCUUCUGUAUGAUCCUCAUUGUCAUCUUUGUGGCCAUGCUUGGGAUGCUGUCGCCCUCCAGCCGGGGAGCUCUCAUGACCACAGCCUGCUUUCUCUUCAUGUUCAUGGGGGUGUUUGGUGGAUUUUCUGCUGGCCGUCUGUACCGCACUCUAAAAGGCCAUCGGUGGAAGAAAGGAGCCUUCUGUACGGCAACACUGUACCCUGGUGUGGUUUUUGGCAUCUGCUUCGUACUGAAUUGCUUUAUCUGGGGAAAGCACUCAUCAGGAGCGGUGCCUUUUCCUACCAUGGUUGCUCUUCUCUGCAUGUGGUUUGGGAUCUCCCUGCCCCUUGUCUACUUGGGCUACUACUUUGGCUUCCGAAAGCAGCCAUAUGACAACCCUGUGCGCACCAAUCAGAUUCCCCGGCAGAUCCCUGAACAGCGAUGGUACAUGAAUCGAUUUGUGGGCAUUCUCAUGGCUGGGAUCCUGCCCUUCGGCGCCAUGUUCAUCGAGCUGUUCUUCAUCUUCAGUGCCAUCUGGGAGAAUCAAUUCUAUUACCUCUUUGGCUUCCUAUUCCUUGUUUUCAUCAUCCUGGUGGUGUCCUGUUCACAAAUCAGCAUUGUCAUGGUGUACUUCCAGUUGUGUGCAGAGGAUUACCGCUGGUGGUGGAGGAAUUUUCUAGUCUCCGGGGGAUCUGCAUUCUACGUCCUGGUCUAUGCCAUCUUUUAUUUUGUUAACAAGCUGGACAUCGUCGAAUUCAUCCCCUCUCUCCUCUACUUUGGCUACACAGCCCUCAUGGUCCUGUCCUUCUGGCUGCUCACAGGCACCAUUGGCUUCUACGCAGCCUACAUGUUUGUCCGCAAGAUCUAUGCUGCCGUGAAGAUAGACUGAUUGGGGUGGACCGUGGCUAGGCCACUCCAUCCUUGGACAGGAAGCCACCCUGCGUGGGGAACUGCAGGCACGCA